AUGGUCAUCAAGGACAUCUUGCGAAGCAAGGCAGGCGCCGAAGCUGGAGUUACCGUAAAGAGAUUUGAUGUGGCGAUCUCUGAGUUUGCUUGGGAGCAGGUGCCAUUGGCAGACACCCAGAGAGCUCUAGGUGAGGCAAUUCAUCUAGCCAACGACAGGAAAUUCAGCAACAUAUAUGAAGAAUUUCUUAACGCCCCUCUUGGACCAAGGAAAGAUUGGGAGCUGGUCAGGGCAGCACCAUUCAUUGCGUUGCAAGCAGAUUCUUAUUGGAAAGACUCGCCCGAGAAGGUGUUACAGCUCGCCACCAGCCUGCAGGAUAAGGGAGAUAACUACGCUGAAAGUGGUCGCGCUAGAACUAUGGAUCUCGCAGCAUCCGAGACCACGGGGAAAUUGACAGAACUUCUGUCCCAAUACUAUGAAUUAUACGAUCAAUCUGAAGCGGAGCGCCUCUCGUUCUUCACCAUGGCCGCCGUCAAUUUGGGACGGCCUGCGUCACUAUCGCAGAGCCCUAUCUCGCGGGAUGACGCAUCCGAGAUACUCGGCAGCAUUAGCAUGGCUGCCUUUCUCUGCCUCUUGAUUCCACAACUUGCCGCAAACUACAAGUUGAAGAGCGCAGACAGCUUAUCUAUGGCAUUUCUGUUCAUCUGGCUUUUGGGGGAUGUUACCAAUUUACUAGGUGGUUUGGCGAACGGCAUCGCGCCCGCAAGCAUAGCCGUGACAACAUAUCUCUGCUUUUCGUACUCUACACUCAUUUGCCAGUGCCUGUACUACAACUCAAAACGUCGGAUUCAAAACUUCGUACAGCCUGGGACGCCGAGAUCGCAAUCUCCCGAGCGACGACCUCUUCUUGAACCCGCAGACUCUUCUGAAGACGUGAACUCAACAGGCCACUACCAAAUUGCCUCUCCCGGUUCGAAUCAAGUAGUGGACAAGGAUGAGGAGACCGACAUUAGCACUGUACGCACUCUGCACGACUGGCGGUUUAACGCGGCAUGCCUUGCUAUGGUCGCUGUUCUGGGAAUCUCGGGAUGGUUCGUGCUUCGCCAGUUUGGUUUGCUUGGCGACGAGAGUCCUCCUGGAGCAGUGAGCGUUACGGAGUUGCCAGGCAUUUCUGAAUCGGUUGGCUCAGCAUUAGGAGUCAUCGGCGCGAUCUGCUAUCUGUGGUCCGGCUUUACGCGCGUGUACAAGAGCCAGUAG